GUUUCUUUCGUCGAUUAAGUUUGCCUCAAACAGCAACAACAAAAUGAUGAAGUUGUUUCUUAUUGCUUUUUUCUUGUUCUGGUCACCAUCACCUAGCGCACCAUCAGCAAUUAUGAACGCAGAAAUGAGUAUCACGAAGGAAGAUGGCAGCAGCGUUGGACCAAGCUUAGAAAUACAGCCUGGACAAGGCAUGAACCUCACCUGCACGAUAGAAGGUUAUGGACUCUCGCUUGACUUACUGUGGUAUGAAGAAGGGCAAGUGCUGAGGCAUCAGACGAGCAUUGAAAAAAGUGCCUUCAUGCAGCAGCAUCAGCUGCGACUGACAUACAGCGAUGACUGCGACCGCAAAUUUACAUGCAUUUAUGGUGAUGAAGAUGAAGUUCAGCUUGCCAAGAGCACCACCAUAAAGUGUCUAGGUUAGCGGGAAUGAAGGUGAAACAAAGGAAAAAGUCAGUAGUAAAAAUGUUGUCAUCGUUCUUCAAUUAAUAGAUGAUAGUAAAUCCUAAUGAAAGGAGUAUAUUGAGCAUCAAAAGUGGAUCAACUAUUUUCGCAUCAAUUUGAUACGAGCAUUGUUAAGAAUAAAAUACGAAUACUUCGAGAAAAUUAAAAUGGAAUUCAUUAUUUUAUUGUUACUUUUAUAAUUCUAGCAAAAUACCCAUUUCAAAUUUCACGAUUCACAAAAGGAAUAACUCAAAUCAUUUGAGUAGAACAUUGAAUGAUAGGAGCAGAAAUUCAGAAAAUUUAACUUCGUUCUAUUCUUACGUAAAUUAAGCCGAAAAAUUUUUCUGCCCGAGUUGAAUCAGCCGGAGUUGAAUCAGCCGGAGUUGAAUCAGCCGGAGUUGAAUCAGCCGGAGUUGAAUCAGCCCGAGUUGAAUCAGCCGGAGUUGAAUCAGCCGUAGUUGAAUCAGCCGGAGUUGAAUCAGCCCGAGUUGAAUCAGCCGGAGUUGAAUCAGCCGGAGUUGAAUCAGCCGUAGUUGAAUCAGCCGGAGUUGAAUCAGCCCGAGUUGAAUCAGCCGGAGUUGAAUCAGCCCGAGUUGAAUCAGCCCGAGUUGAAUCAGCCCGAAUUGAAUCAGCCGGAGUUGAAUCAGCCGGAGUUGAAUCAGCCGGAGUUAAAUCAGCCCGAGUUGAAUCAGCCGGAGUUGAAUCAGCCGGAGUUGAAUCAGCCGGAGUUAAAUCAGCCCGA